UGUUCUGAGUUUACUCGUGUUGUAGUGACAUCACCAGUCUUCACAUUUUUUUACUAUGCCCAACGAAAACUCUUUUCGGCCCGUUUAUCUCAAGGAAAGGAAUUUCUCUAAAUCUGGAUAUGAACGGCAGUUGAAACAAAGUUCAUUAACCGAUUCGGCGGUCUGUUCGAAUUACAACGCAUUAAGCUUAAAAGAAAACAAGGGAAUUAUCGCUAUUGAAAUACAAGACGAUCUUGGUAUGCCAGUAAACUACGCGAGAAUCAAUGCCAUGAAAGACAGUAUAAGGAAGGACAUAAUUAGUGAUAAAAAUUCGUUGCACAAAGCCAUCGCCCCCGUACUUAUGUUGAUGCAGAUGUGCGCUCUUUUACCGGUCCAAGGCAUUAGAGGACAAAACACUAGUUAUUUAGUUUUCAAUUGGUUCAGCUGGAUAAUGGCAUACAACAUUAUUUUAGUUGGCUCUUCUAUCGUAAUGGUUUCAUUUAUAAUAUACAGCAUGUAUAUUAAUGGACUGUCAUAUGAGGGCAUUGGUGAUUUAGUAUAUUUUGGAGGUACACUAAUCAAUUACAUGGUUUUUAUCCAUUUGGCAAGGAAAUGGCCAAAAGUUAUGGAAAAAUGGGAACUAAUGGAACGUGAGAUGAAACAAUAUGGACAUCCACCUAACAUGGCAUUUAAGAUUAAAAUGUUAACAUGUAUCAUUGUGUUACUUUCAAUAAUUGAUCAUUUGGCUUCUAUUUUGACGGGAGUAUUGAAAGCUAUACAUUGCUCAAAGAAUGGACUUGAUAUUUGUCGACUUUACUUUAUGACAUGGCUUAAAACAGUCUUUACGCAUAUAAACUACACGUUCGAUGUAGCUAUAACUUUGAAAUUUUUUGAUUGUUUGUAUUCUUUUUCUUGGAAUUUUAUGGAUUUAUUAAUAAUCGUACUAGCCUGCGCUUUGACGGACAAAUUCAAGCAGUUCAACCGAAAAUUAGCCAGCGUCAGGGGAAAAGUGCUUCCAAGUAUGUAUUGGCGGAAGUCAAGAGAAACAUAUAAUAUUUUAUCGUCGUUAACUGAAGACUUUGAUGAAUUUCUAUCUCCAGUGAUAUUAUUAUCAUUUGGUCAUAAUUUGUACUUUAUUUGCUUACAAAUUCUCAAUAGCCUGAAACCUAUGCACAGCUCUUGGGAGGCUCUAUGUUUCGUGAUUUUAUUUACAUACCUAGUUGGAAGAACAUGCGUGGUGUCUUUAUAUGUCGCAUCCAUUAAUGAUCAAAGCAAAAAACCAAAAGCUGUCUUGUUUUCUGUGCCAGCGGAGUGUUAUGGAGUUGAGGUAGAAAGAUUUUUAAUGCAAGUGACAUCUGAUGAAUUAUCAUUUACUGGAUGUAAUUUUUUCUCCGUCACUAGGACGUUUAUGCUAACGGUUGCUGGAACUAUUGUCACGUACGAAAUCGUAUUAAUACAAUUUAACAAUGUGGCUAGCGGAGUACCUGGCCAAAAUAAUACUCUUGUUAAUUAUUGUUCAAAUUGCGGCAGCGUAUGGACGUUUAUCGGUUUCGUCAUUUUGUGUGCUAUUAGAGAUGUUCACCGGGAAUUGGAAUUUCAAAGUACAGCCUCUGUAGCUCGCUGGGUGGUCACUAAGGCAGUUUACACAUUUUGGUGGAGUUUCUGUAUCUUUUGGACAAGGACUAUAGUGGUGGUCACCUGCGCAUUUGACGCAUCUAGGUGUUGGUGCAUUGAGGAAUGCCCUUGGAAGGUUGUCUUGGUUCUAUCGCUACUACACAGUGCAAGAGUCUGUUUAGAGACACUUGAAAUACAAGACGAUCUUGGUAUGCCAGUAAACUACGUGAGAAUCAAAGCCUUGGAAGACAGUAUAAGGAAGGAUAUAAUCAGCGAUAAAAAUUCGUUGCACAGAGCCAUCACGCCCUUACUUAUUUUGGUGCAAAUAUGCGCUCUUUUUCCGGUGCAAGGCAUUAGAGGACAAAACACUAGUCAUUUAGUUUUCAAUUGGUUCAGCUGGAUAAUGGCCUACAGCAUUAUUUUAGUUUGCUCUUCUCUCUUGAUGAUUUCGUUAAUAAUAUUCAACUUGUAUAAGAAUGGACUGACGUAUGAAAUCACUGGUGAUUUAGUAUUUUUUGGAGGUACACUAAUCAAUUACAUGGUUUUUAUCCAUUUGGCAAGGGAAUGGCCAAAAGUUAUGGAAAAAUGGGAACUAAUGGAACGUGAGAUGAAACAGUAUGGGUACCCACCCAACAUGGCAUUUAAGAUUAAAAUGUUAAUAUGGUUUAUCAUGUUACUUUCAAUAAUUGAACACUUGGCUUCUAUUUUAACGGGAGUAUUGAAAGCUAUACAUUGCUCACCGGAUGGACUAGACAUUUUUCAACUUUACAUUUUGACAUCGCUCAAAACAGUUUUUACGAUUAUAGACUACUCGAUCGUAAUAGCUAUAAUUUUGAAGUUUUUUGAUUGUUUGUAUUCUUUUGCUUGGAAUUUUAUGGAUUUAUUAAUAAUCAUACUAGCCUGUGCUUUGACGGAAAAAUUCAAGCAGCUCAACCAAAAAUUAGACAGCGUCAGGGGAAAAGUGCUUCCAAGUAUGUAUUGGCGGAAAUCUAGAGAAACAUAUAAUGUUCUAGCGUCGUUAACUCACGAUUUUGAUGAAUUUCUAUCUCCCGUGAUAUUAUUAUCAUUUGGUCAUAAUUUGUACUUUAUUUGCUUACAACUUCUCAACAGCUUAAAACCUAUGCACAGCUCUUGGGAGGCCCUCUGUUUCGCAUUUUUAUUUACAUACUUAGUUGGAAGAACAUGCGUAGUGUCUUUGUACGUCGCAUCCAUUAAUGAUCAAAGCAAAAAACCAAAAGCUGUCUUGUUCUCUGUGCCAGCAGAGUGUUAUGGAGUCGAGGUAGAAAGAUUUUUAAUGCAAGUGACGUCUGAUGAAUUAUCAUUUACUGGAUGUAAUUUUUUCUCCGUCACUAGGACGUUUAUGCUUACGGUUGCUGGAACUAUAGUCACGUACGAGAUCGUAUUAAUACAAUUUAACAAUGUGGCUAGCGAAGUACCUGAUCAAAAUAAUACUCUUGCUAAUUAUUGCCCAAAGUUAUUAUGAUUCAUAGAUUGCCUGGACAAUUAAACAAAGUUCAUCUCUUUAGUAAUAAAGGAAUAUUAUGGAAAGUUAGAAAAUAACCAAUGAUUUAUCUAUUAUUAAAUUUAUAAAGUGUUUGUAAACAUCGGUAAUAGUUUUUUACUUUCAUGAGAAAACAAUUCAUGUGUACUUUGUAACAUAAAUACCUAAUUAUUAAAAUACAAUAGAACCUCAUUAAUCCGGACUAAUUGGGGCUCUAGGUUGUCCGAAUUAAUGAAAGUCCGGAUUAAACAAAAUAACCAAAAACCGUAAAUUAUAAAUUUAUAAAAAUUUUAUUGUAUAGUUUAUUAAACCAUAUAUUAUUAAACCUAACAAAAUAGUAGAUACAUACAUAUAAUCAUUACAUACAUAUACAUUACUUACAUAGUAUUAAGGCACACCUUCAUUAUUCACACUUGACACUGGUUUGAAAAAACUGCUUAUCUUUGGUUGUCUUCCUUUCACAGUGAUUUCUUUAAUGAUUAACUCGCGAAGAUGCCUUAGAUGCUCAUGAUACGCAGAUAUGUUUUCAUCGUUGUUAUCUUCAACGUAUUUAAUUACAAUGUUUAGAUGAUCUUUAAUUUCACCAAGUUUUGGCUUAGGGUUUACGUUAUCAUCUGCUUCUUCUUGAUCAUAUUCAUCCGAUUCAGGGUUUUCUGUAGCAGUCACACAAUCUCCUCCUCUGUUAAAAUAUGAUAACCUAGAUCAUAUUCAUCUGCUUCUAACCACAACUCAAUGUCUUCCAGUGUAGCUGAAUUUUCACCUCCUUGGUGGAAAAUGUUGUGAAAAUCGUCUGUUUCUAAUUCAGCCGUAUCUGAUUCAACCUCUUCAUUUAUUAAUAGUUUUUUCCACGAGUUAAUCAAAGUUGAAAGUUUUAUAUCUUUGACAGCCGAUGCGAAAUUAUAAAUCAUAGAUCUGAUAUUGUAAUCUUUGAGAUUUUGUAACGUUUUAUAACCUCUUCUAUCUUCUUCUCCUGCAGCUGGUUCCUCGACUUCCGAAAUUUCAUUUAAAAGCUUCUUCUAUAUGGACGUUUGGCUAUGUAAAUGACGUCUUGAUUCAUAGGCUGAAUCAGAGAGGUUGUGUUUGCUGGCAAAACAUGCACGUGAUCUUUUUAUCAUCGCUAGUAAGCUGUUUAACCUGUGGAUGUGCUGGACAAUAAUUGUCCAGUAGAACUAAGGUCUUCACUUUAUCGUCAGGAAUUUUCAAAAUUUUUGUUUGAUAUCUUCUAAUUUCUGGCACUGUUUUUUUUGUGAAACCAAUCUAUUGUAAUGUCUGAAGGGAACCAUGCGCUUUUCGAGUUGUAGUAGUGAACUGGUAACGUGUUAAUAAUAUUUUUUAUUGCACGUGGUUUUUUACUUUUUCCUACAAUCACAGGCUUUAACAUAUGACUUCCAUCAGCAUUAGCGCACAGCAAUGCAGAAACUCGAUCUUUACUGAUCUUCCUACCAGGCGUGUUUUUAUCAGCUUUAGACGCUUGGGUACUGUCUGGUAAUGCUCUCCAAUAUAACCCUGUCUCGUCAUAAUUGUUCACAAUUUACAAUUUACAAUUGGAUAACUCUAAUGACUAUUGGUAUUAAUAAAUAUGCUAUCGCAAUAACCCGCAUUUAUAGGAAAUUUGUAGAACUCGUUUUCAUGUUUAUUUUAAUCUAUGGUGAAAACUAGCGUAAUUGUCGUACGACCGGUAUAUUUACGAAUUAUAAAUGGCUGUCCGGAUUAAGCGAAGUCCGGACUAAUGAGGUCCGGAUUAAUGAGGUUCUACUGUACAACAACUGUCAUCUUUGUUAGUUGGCAGUUCGUAAUCUGCAAAUACUAAUAAACCUUGGUAGUAUGGAGUAUUACGAAUUUAGACAUUUUAAAAAUGGAAAACUCUUCAAACAAAUGAAUACGUUAUAAAUACUAUAUUAAUUGUUCAUUUUUUUUUCAGUAUUAACAUAUUUUAGAGUAAAAUUACACUAUUUAAUAUUUAUAAUAAUUUAAAUUGUACUGAAUAUAUAUUUAUUUAAUAUUAAAGUUUUAAAGUUUUAUUUAGGUUUA